GUGUGCAGUGCCGAGGUGGAAGGAACUGGCAGGCACACAGCUCCACUCUCGUCCCUCUGCUGUGUCGCGCCUCUUAAGCGGACUUAGUUCCUCCCUCACUCACUCCUUGCAGCAGUGCCAAGACCCAGUGACGCGUGUGUGAGACAGAGACAGAGAGACAGACAAGGACGCAUUGUGCCAAGAGUGCCCGUGGCCUGUGACACGUGAAAAGUUUUGAAAGAGAUAAAAUCGCAUGUUCGUGGUAAUCAGAAUGCUGCCCUUCAGCGUCGCCCCCUACCUGGCUUGCAUCCUUGCCCUCAUGGCGCCCACCCUCGCCCAAGAUAUAAUAGAGGACGUGGGGCAGCCUGCUCCCAGCCAGCCCGCAUCCCCUGACCAGCCCUUCGUGCUUGGAUCACAGCCCAUCCAGCCCAUUCAGCCCGUCCAGCCCGUCCAGCCCGUCCAGCCCAUCCAGCCUAUCCAGCCCGGCUCACUGCCCUCCAUCCCGGUCCUCAAUACAAACUUUGAAUCGACCACCCUAGAGGUCUCCAGCUGCCCCCCUGAGCAGAUUAACUUCGAGCUGGUGACGGGCUACGUGUACUCUGCCCCUGCCGACAUGCUCGACUCGCAGCCUGGCACCCUCAAGCUUACAGACUGCAUCGACAUGUGCCGCAACAACCGAUCCUGCAUGGCGGUCAACUACGAGACGGGUCUGUGCGUCCUCUUCUCCUCCAACGCUGACAUGUAUCCUGGCUCGCUAACGGUCUCCCAGUUCCCGGUGUUCACGCUAUACGUCCAGAAAAACUGUUUGUACAACGCCCCUCCCUGCGACCGUGCCUGGAGCUUCGAGAGGGUCAUAGGCUUCGCACUCUCCGGCCUCGCCAGGAAGACUUCCAUGGUCAACAGCCGCCAGGAGUGUCAAGUCGUCUGUCUGUCCGAGACGGAGUUCCCCUGCAGGUCCGCCAACUACAACAACAUGACAGGGAAAUGCGAGACUUCUGACAUGGACAGACACACCGCAGUGGGCACCGGCGCCUUCAUUAGUGAAGAAAACAGUGACUUCCUUGAAAACAACUGCAUGGACGACCCCGUGAAGAUGUGCGAGUUCCAGAAGAUGGAAGGACGCAUCCUGAAGACAGUGGACUCAGUGGAGCAGGAAGUAGCUAACCUGGAGGACUGCAAGCGUCUCUGCCUCACCGCCAAUUUCAGAUGUCACUCCUUCGACUAUGGUGACACUGGAGACAAGGUGUGCCGCCUCUCCCACCACGCCGCUGCCACAAUCACUCACAUCGACGAGCCUUACCUAGACAUCCCAGGCUCAUCCACCUACGAACUUUCCUCAUGCUACAACGUAACCAUUGACUGCCGCUCCGGGGACAUGGUGACCAGGAUCAAGACCUCAAAGAUCUUCAAUGGCAAGAUUUACUCCAAGGGUUCUCCCAACACAUGCGUGAACGACAUUGAGAACUCCCUUGAAUUCGAACUUACCAUGGGUUACAACGACAUCGACUGCAACGUGGUGCGUGACAAUGACUCACGCUACAGCACCGACGUGAUCAUUCAGCACCACGACAUGAUUGUGACUAGCGCUGACCUGGGCCUCAGCGUACACUGCAAAUAUGACUUGUCCAACAAGAGCGUCAGCAACCUGGUGGAACUCAGCGUCGGGGAUGAGAAGACCCCGUACAUGGAGCAGGGCAGCACUGUGGACUCCCCCAACGUGAUCAUGCGCAUUGCCAACAGGGACCAGAACGAGAUUACCGACGCCUCAGUAGGUGACAUGCUGGAGCUUCAGUUCGUCAUCGUUGACAGAGACUCACCCUAUGAAAUCUUCGUGCGAGACCUAGUGGCCAUGGACGGCAGCAACACCAACAACAUCACCCUACUAGACAAUCGUGGCUGUCCCACAGAGAUUUCCAUCAUGAGGCCGCUGAAAAAGAUCGAUAACACAGGAAAGGUCCUUGGUGCCACUUUCGACGCCUUCAAAUUCCCGACAAGCGACGUGGUUCAGUUCCGUGCCAUGGUGUCCCCCUGCCUGCCCACCUGUGAGCCCGUGCAGUGUGACGUGAUGGACUUCGGCGGUCAGGUGAAGGUAGCGGAAAGCUACGGUAGGAAGAAGAGAGAAGCGAUGCCCUUCAUCAUCGAUUUUGGAAACCCUGAACAUAGUUACUGGGAGGCACCUUCAUCCACUGUGCAGGAGGAGGUGAAACAGAUCAGCCCGAGAGCAUUCGAUGUCGUGGCUCACAACUUCGUACACUCCGGCGGUCGACGAGUCACAAGGGAGACUCCCGAGGUGGGCAUUCCCGAGGAGUUGCUGGUGGUGCGAGCCAUCAAAAUCUCAGACAAGUUUGGCACCCGCUCAUCCCAGGUCCAGAGCAGAGAAGGCGCCGCUAACAACCUUGAAAAGAGUCACAACACCGAGAGCCUUGGUGGGUCAGAGGUGGUGAUGCAAGAGGACGUAUCUGGUGUGUGCAUCAACAUGGUGGGUCUCGUGCUGGCAUGCUCGGUGUUCCUGGUGGCUCAGCUUGUAAUCAUCGUGGCGUGGACGGCUGUGUGGCAUCGUCGCCGCCGCAGCAAGCUGGAGGAACCCCUGAGUCCCGCUACCACAACCGAAUCCCUCCGUCAACUCUACGACUCUGGUUAUCCCCGCAGAAUUUAGCUCCCUGCUCGUGCCGCUCUCACCUUUACAGGAAGCCUGCUUCCUGUGCUCACCGUUUCGUUUAGGAGACGAGUUGCCGAGAUGGGUGGAAAAGAAACUUCUUUAAUGGACAGCAGAUCGCCAUUUUCGAAAGAACGACCUGCCUGCGUCAGUCAGGAAUCUCUCUAUCCCAUGGAUUUCGUAUAAGGUAGCGAAGUACUGUACGUAGGGAAAGAAUUUUACAGUAUUUUGGCCUUUAAACACACUAAUAUUUCAUGAUAAAACUAAGGCAAUGAAAAAAGGGUGAUAAAUUUUCAAUUCGUACCGUAGAGCUCGUCUAAGCAAGCCUUCAUAUAGUAAUGGCGGCCGAACGACGACUGUCUGUGUGCAGCUACUAAUCGGCAUUACCAAGAGCUGUGUCCAAGAGACCACGGUGCAAUGUAUACUCGGGCAUUUUUGACGCGACAAACGUUUCUCACUUGCGCAUUGUCAAGUAUUAUAGUGGGCAUUAUAAGAGUAGAGAGAAACGUUCUCCUGAAAGAAAAAUAGAAUUAAGAUUUUGUAGCACAACAGCUGUGACUGACAUAUCCGUUCAAAAGUGGCAUUAAAGGAUAGCAUAAUUUCAGAAGAAACAAUACAUAUCGGCGAUAAAACACAAGUGAAUCCCAUUGACUGUAGCAAUAUUCACUAAUCAAGACUCUUCUACUAUUGUGUCCAUGUGAUGCCGCAAGUCGAGGCGUGCGGCGGACAUGGCAGUGGUGGUGGUGCUUCUGGGAACCUUUAUGGGGAGCCUGGGCGGGGCGAGGCGGACGGGGCCUAGUCGGGGUGUGCGGUUGGAUUAGCACCUGUAUAUACACAACACAAGGAAAGGCGAAAUUGAGGGAAAUCUUCAAACUGUCUUCAAUUUGUAUAAAUUUAUAAACGCAUUAAUAUUUAAAUUUCAAGACAAUUUUACGGUCAUACUCUAAAUUUUGUCUGACCACACAUGACCCCAAGAGAGAAAACGAUCCUUCCCUCCUCCUCUCGCCCGGCUCGCCUGCGCUUCAUAGGUGCUGGGACAAAGGGAAACUAAAAGCGUAGACCCGGACGACUCUUCGGGCGAGGCAUGACGCCUUCAGCCUAGCACUCAACCGUCCGAAACAGCCAUGAUCUACUUAGGGACCUGAACACCCAGCUGCAGCACGUAGAGAGAGAUAAACAUUGGGUAAAGAGAUUGAGAGUAUGUAAAUAGCAGCCGUUCCACUUCUGUAAUAAACAGGGAGAGGCGGCUACCUAUCAAUCGACUUUCCCGCUCGAAACCACGUUUCCUAUACCGCCGAGGACCAGAGAAAUAAAUCUACCGGAGACUGCGCAAGCAAACACACAGCAGCGGUUAAGGACCGCUGCUGUACAUUAAUGUAAUUGCUCAACGCUACUCACUAACACACCACUGUGACGCUGUAGAGAUUCCACUUAGAGCUUCUGUAGUUUAGACGUGCUUUUCGCUGCAGCAGACCACAUCGCACCUGCCCUGACUAACAUGAUGAGCAAAUCACACACACACACAUUGCAAUCUAAUAGCCAAAAUAAUUGAUGCAUCAGUGCCUUUUAACGUUAAAAAUGUUAUAAAUCCAACACUUUCAGUAUUACUAGUAAAGGUUACGGAAGAGUGCGAGUGGCGGCAGCUAUACUAACUAGCUUUCUUUUCGUGCUAUCUAGAGACUGACCAACUAAUCAAAAUACUCAAACCUGCAUGUAUAGAUAAGCUUCAUGAAUCUAACAUGACACGCCAUAUUCCCCUGAAAAGAAGACACCUUCCUUUCUGCCUUUCCUUUGCAUUUAGGUGUAGAUACUGCUUGCUUAACUAACAAAUCAUGCUUGUUUCAGAUAGUGCACAAUCACCUCUAAUCACAAUAGUAACGCAAUAGAGCGCACACGAACACUAUAUAUUUUUUUCUUUUAUGAGACAACUGCUUCACUGCACUGACAACUAACCAACCCAAGCCAGCCAUGAUACAAUACACUAGUAAACACAAGCCACGCAUUCACAAACAGCAAACCACCUCACGAAAGCACGACAUUCAAUAACAAGGACCAACCAUCACUGACUUACGAAACCCACAAUAUCAACAAAAUUAACUUCACAUAAGCAGUGCACCUUUCACCUUCACGCUCAUCAAUAUGCAAGACCAAAUAACCAACCACUCGCCAUCCACUGAAGUACUAUAACCAUCAUCGCAUCACCAUCAUCAUCAUCAUCACUAUCAUCAUCAUAACUAACAGUAGAACGCCUCAUAGAUAAUAGUACGCAUAACAAAACCGCCAUUGCUUUACUAACCCACACUACGCGCUUGACUAGUUGAAGUCACACCAUACAAGCACCUGCAUGCUUUACUAACCCAAUAGAAUGCUUUACUAAUUAUAGAUUUUACGCAUAGAUUAGAGUUACUGCUUUACUAAUACCUAGCGCAUCACCUUUCAUCAGCACAAACUGUUACAUGACACCUGUGAAUAUUGAUAAUUAACCUGGCUUCUUUUUAUUUUCGCGCUGGAAUCAAGGAAAAUAACGUGCACUGAUUUAUUAUUCUGGCUUUGUACACUUUCCUACCAGCAGAAAUAUAUGACAAGAAAUUUCCAGUAAGACAAAUUCUAAUAACAAGAACGUUGAUGAUAAUGAUAAAGACCCAAAUUAACAGGCGGUAAUUAUUUUCCUCCUUUUUUCAACAACUCAAACAUAAAUCUCUCUCUCUCUCUCUCUCUCUCUCUCUCUCUCUCUCUCUCUCUCUCUCUCUCUCUCUCUCUCUCUCUCUCUCUCUCUCUCUCUCUCUCUCUCUCUCUCUCUCUCUCUCUCUCUCUCUCUCUCUCUCUCUCUCUCUCUCUCUCUCUCUCUCGGUUGCUGGGUGUUCCUCGGAAAGAUCUGAGCUGUUGUGCGUAGUGGUCGUAAAUUCUUUUUUCUUUUUAUGUAAGAAAAUAUAGUCGCUUUUUUACUGAAUUUUUGAUUAGAGAAAAGCGAGUGAGGAAAGGAGACUCAGAUACAUUUUUUUUUUAGCUCUAGAGUCUAGACGCUAAGGAACACUUUAUAUAUCAGACACUAUAUUCGUCAGUGACUAGGAUAGCUUUUUUUUUUUUUUUUACUCAUACGUGUGCGUGCUACAAAUUGUUACUUGUUGUUUUAUUUAUUCAAUAAUUUAUUGCUAAUUUAUUGAUUAAUUUAUUUUCACAUCCCACCCAUAAUAAAAGCAAAGAAUAAGUGUAGUAAUAUAAUUUGGUCUCGUGUUAAGAUUAUACUUAUUCAUCACUUCUUUUAAGCUUAAAGUUCCUGAAAUUAAAGUAGAGGAAAAUUAUUUUAUCUCACCAGAUUGUGUGGAUCAAGAUUAUCCAAACAAUACGUUGCCAAGAAGUUUUUGACAUCCACUGUUUAUAUUAUUUGUGUGUGCCUAAGUGUGUGUGUGUGUGUGUGUGUGUGUGUGUGUGUGUGUGUGUGUGUGUGUGUGUGUGUGUGUGUGUGUGUGUGUGUGUGUGUGUGUGUGUGUGUGUGCAAGUGUGUGUGAGCGCUCGCGUGUAUGCACAUGUGAGUAUGCACGUGUAUGUAUUUACCAGCCUGGUCUUUUACGUUCAUGAUCGUGAGCGAGUGUCUCUCUGCACAACGGAGCCACGUAUGUAGAUGUGGUCCAGUGGGUGUGAGCACGUGUACGUGUGUGUGGGUGUGCGCGUCUGUGUCUGUGCCGGUCUGUGAGGCUUCUAAGAAUGUCUUGAUCUGCAUCAUUAUCCAGGUUGUUACUCUUGUACUUGAGGCAUUAUUACUACUCCGUUAUGCCAGCCAGCCUCCCUCCCUGGCCUUACCUCGCCUCCUCCUAGCCCGACCAAAGUCUGCACCUCAUGUACCGAUUGACUUUCGUUGUUAACAUAACUAAAAAUGGGUCGUGGCGGCUGUGCAGGAGGCGGUGAUCAUGGCCGAGGAGACUGUGGUGGUUCGGCAAUGGAGACUUAGAAUUAAGAAUUGUUUUUGUUUAUGUUUUUGUUUGUACCAAAGUACACAAAUAUAACUUGAAAGCUUUUAC